UCUGUGCUACUUCCACAUCCCGCGCAACGAUGGCCGACGUAGAGAUGAAACCGGUCGACGAGAAGAAAGAGGAGAAGACUGUCGAGGAGGAGAAGAAACCCAUCCCACUUACGCCUACCGCGGAAAUCAAGGCGAACAUUGCGCUCAUCGAAAGAGCAGUCGCGACUCUGGAGCCGCGGUUCACCCACCGCGUUCUCAGGUCUCUGAACCACCUUCGGAAGCGUCUCGACGACAAGAUCCUACGGGACGCGAUCAAUGAGUCCUAUGUCCCCGACGCCGCGUCCAGGAAAGCACUCCUAGCAUGGCUACCAGAGCCGUCUGCGGAGCAGUCCAUGGACGUCGACACCCAGCCCUCCAAGCAGCCCCAGGCAGAGCCCGUACCCGAGGUCGAGGUCUACUUCCGGCUGCUCAUCCUCCACCACCUCCUUACCUCCUCCGCCACCUACCCCAAAGCACUGAAGCUCGCGCAUGAUACCAUCGAGAAGAUGCAGGCGCUGAACCGCCGGAGCAUGGAUCCGAUCGCAGCAAAGGUCUGGUACGCAGUAGAACGGGUAUACGAGCUCUCCGGAGACCUCGCCGACGCACGACCACAUUUUCUUGCAGCGCAGCGCACAGCUGCCCUGCGCCAUGAUGACGAGACAGAAGCGUCUCUCAUCAACCGGAUCUUGCGCAGUUAUUUGCAGUACAACUUCUACGACCAAGCCGACAAGCUAGUCUCGAAGACGACAUUCCCUAGCGCGGCUGGAAACCCCCAACAUGCGCGAUACCACUACUACCUCGGCCGUAUCAAGGCCGUGCAGCUAAAUUACACCGCUGCGCACACGAACCUGCAGCAAGCCAUCCGGCGCGCGCCACCUGCCAAGACGGCGCCUGGAUUCUACCAAGCCGUCCACAAGCUGACCAUCGUGGUCGAGCUUCUUAUGGGCGACAUCCCGGAGCGCGGUCUGUUCAGACACCCCGUGCUCGAGAAAGCGCUCGCGGGAUACUUCGAGAUCGUCAAGGCCGUCCGCAAUGGAUCUCUCUCGCAGUUUCAGAACACGCUGUCCAAGUAUGCGGCGGAGUUCGAGGCUGACAAGACGUACACCCUCAUCGUGCGGCUGCGGCAAAACGUGAUCAAGACGGGCAUCCGGCGGCUGUCGCUGUCGUACUCGCGCAUUUCGCUGCGGGACAUCUGCGUAAAGCUGCACCUCGACUCAGAGGAGGACGCGGAGUACAUCGUCGGAAAGGCGAUCCGCGACGGGGUCAUCGAGGGUCGGAUCGUGCACGAGAAGGGUUGGAUGGAGUGCGGCGGCCAGAAGAGCGGGUACGGCCCCGAGGUCAGCGACGUGUUCUCGCGGCGCAUCUCGUACUGUCUCGAGCUCCAUAACCAGAGCGUCAAGGCUAUGCGCUACCCCCUGAAUGCACACAGGAAGGAGCUUGCCGCCGCCGAGGGGGCGCGUGAACGCGAAAAGGAACUUGCGAAGGAGAUUCAGGAGGGCGGUGACCUCGACGAUGAGGGCCCCGACUUGGGUGAAGGAUUCUAGCUGUCUUCUCGUGCCACUCGUGUUGUGGAUGUGUUGGGGUACGCCUGCAAUCUCAUGCAUGCGCUGUGCAAUAACAUUAUCGUCG